CCAGUGCCCAACAUGGCGGCGGGCGGCGGCGGCGGGAGCCCCGGCAGCGGCUGUGGGGGGACCCCGCUGUCCCCGGGCCCGUUCCUGCCGCCGCUGCUGYUGCUGCUGGCGCUGCCCGGCGGCGCCGUGCCCGCGGCCGACACCGUGGUGCUGGGGCUGCGGCUGGAGGAGAGCACCAAGCCGGCGGCGGCGGAGGCGGCGGGGGCGGCCCGCGGGCCCAUCCGGCUGACGGAGGGCAGCGAGGCCCUGCUGCGGCUCUACGGGCUGGGGCUGGGCCCGCGGGCCGCCGAGCGCGUGGCCUUCGCCGAGCUGCGGCCGGGCGGCAACGCCUCGAGCGGCAACGCCACGUGCCACGAGCGCUCCCAGGACCUGGUGGUGCGGCCGGGCCCCGCCGAGCCCCGCGACACCUCGGCGCUGCUGCGGCUGCGGGUGCAGCCCCUGCGCAAGGACGAGCGGGCCAAGACCUACGUGCUGUGCUCGCAGCGCCGGCCCGGCCAGCCCUGGCUGCCGCACCAGGGGCCCGACGGGCACAUCGUGGUGCUGGAGGAGAAGAAGUCGCUGCUGCCGCUGUGGCUUCAGGUGAUCCUGAUCGCGGGGCUGCUGGUGCUGUCGGGGAUGUUCAGCGGGCUCAACYUGGGGCUGAUGGCGCUGGACCCCAUGGAGCUGCGCAUCGUGCAGAACUGCGGCACCGACAAGGAGAAGCGCUACGCCCGCCGCAUCGAGCCCAUCCGCAGGAAAGGCAACUACCUGCUCUGCUCGCUGCUGCUGGGCAACGUGCUGGUCAACACCACCCUCACCAUCCUCCUGGACGAUCUCAUCGGCUCGGGCAUCGGCGCCGUGGUGGCCUCCACCAUCGGCAUCGUCAUCUUYGGCGAGAUCGUGCCCCAGGCRCUCUGCUCGCGGCACGGGCUGGCCGUGGGYGCCAACACCAUCRUGGUCACCAAGUUCUUCAUGCUGGUGACGUUCCCGCUGUCCUACCCCAUCAGCAAGCUCCUGGACUGCAUCCUGGGCCAGGAGAUCGGCACCGUCUACAACCGGGAGAAGCUGGUGGAGAUGCUGAAGGUGACGGAGCCCUACAACGACCUGGUGAGGGAAGAGCUGAACAUGAUCCAGGGCGCGCUGGAGCUGCGCACCAAGACGGUGGAGGACGUGAUGACCCCGCUGCAGAACUGCUUCAUGAUCAACAGCGACGCCAUCCUGGACUUCAACACCAUGUCYGAGAUCAUGGAGAGCGGCUACACGCGCAUCCCGGUCUACGAGGACGAGCGCUCCAACAUCAUGGACAUCCUGUAUGUCAAGGACCUGGCCUUUGUGGAUCCCGAYGACUGCACGCCCCUCAAAACCAUCACCAAGUUCUACAACCACCCYGUGCACGUGGUCUUCCACGACACCAAGCUGGACGCCAUGCUGGAGGAGUUCAAAAAAGCCCCACACCCUGACCCCUCUCCCCCCACAGAGGUGACGCUCUUCACCCCCACGUUCAUCUCGGAGAAGAUCCUGCUGCGGCUGCUCAAGUACUCGGACGUCAUCCAGGAGCUCAAGUUCGACGAGGAGAACAAGAAAUCGCCGCGGCACUUCCUGUACUGCAAAAACAAACCGGCCGACUACUUCAUCCUCAUCCUGCAGGGCAAGGUGGAGGUGGAGGCUGGCAAGGAGUGCAUGAAGUUCGAGGCGGGAGCRUUCUCCUACUACGGAGUGAUGGCCCUGAGCCCCCCGCCCGGAUCUGAGAUCCGCUCCCCGUCCCACGUGAGCGGCCUGAACCGCUCGGCCUCGCUGAGCUACCACGAGCGCUCGGAUUCGGCCUCGUCGCCCGUCAGCGGCAGCAACAACCAGCUGAGCUCGGCCGGCGGCGCGCAGUACGUGGCUGAUUUCAGCGUGCGCGCCCUCACCGACCUGCAGUUCGUCAAGGUGAGCCAGCCUGAUGGGAACGGGGAUGGAGAGACCCUGAGAGGGAUCACCGAGGGNCGCAUGGACAGUUGUCCCCAGUCCCCCGACAGCAGCGCCCCCAAAGCCGAUCCCGGCCCGGCGGACAGAGCGGAGCCGGCGGCUCCCGCCGACGAGACCACGAGCCUGCUCAACGAGAGGAACUGCCUGAGCCGCCGGAGCAACCACAGUGCCCUGGAGAACUCCAUCUGAGCGCGGCCGCACGGCCCCCGGGCCCGGGAUCAGCCGGGAUCAGCGCGGGGAGCGCGGAGCCGCCGUUCACCGCCGUUCAUUCACCGCCGUUCAUUCACCGCCGCCGGAGCGGCUCCUCACGGGAUUAACGGAGACGGCGCGGGCGGCACGGCCUCACCGGCACCGCGCCGACGGCUCAGGGAGCUUCGGGUCUCGCUCGCCGCCGUGGGGAACCCCCGGGUGGGCAGCGGGACCCUUCGGGACCCUCAGGAUGGGCAGCGGGACCCCCCAGGAUGGGCAUCRGGACCCCCCGGGCAUCCCAACCYUUCCAGGACCCUCAGGAUGGGCAUCAGGACCCCCCGGGCAUCCCAACCCUUCCGGGACACUCAGGAUGGGCAUCGGGACCCCCCGGGCAUCCCAACCCUUCCCAUCGGGGACCCCCGGGACCUGCUGGGAUGGGCAUCUCAACCCUUCCAGGACCCUCAGGAUGGGCACGGGACCCCCCCAGAAUGGGCAUUGGGACCCCCCGGGCAUCCCAACCUUCCAGGACCCUCAGGAUGGGCAUCGGGACCCCCUGGGAUGAGCAUCCCAACCCUUCCCAUCUGGGAACCCCAGGAUGGGCAUCCCGACCCUCCCAGGACCCUCAGAAUGGGCAUUGGGAGCCCCUGGGAUUGGUCCUGACCCUGCUGGGACACUUGGUAUGGGCAUCAGGACCCCUGGGAUGGGCAUCUCAACCCUUCCUAUCUGGGACCCUCGGGACCUGCUGGGAUGGGCAUCCCAACCCUUCCAGGACCCCUCAGGAUGGGCAUCAGGACCCCCCGGGCAUCCCAACCCUUCUGGGACCCUCAGGAUGGGCAUCGGGACCCCCUGGGAUGAGCAUCCCAAUCCUUCCCAUCUGGGAACCCCGGGACCUGCCAGGAUGGGCAUCUCAACCCUUCCAGGACCCUCAGGAUGGGCAGCGGGACCCCCCAGGAUGGGCAGCGGGACCCUCCGGGCAUCCCAACCCUUCCGGGACCCUCAGGAUGGGCAUCGGGACCCCUGGGAUGAGCAUCCCAACCCUUCCCAUCGGGGACCCCCGGGACCUGCUGGUAUGGGCAUCCCAACCCUUCCGGGACCCUCAGGAUGGGCAUCAGGACCCCCUGGGAUGAGCAUCCCAGCCCUUCCCAUCUGGGAACCCCGGGACCUGCCAGGAUGGGCAUCUCAACCCUUCCAGGACCCUCAGGAUGGGCACGGGACCCCCCCAGAAUGGGCAUUGGGACCCCCCCGGGCAUCCCAACCUUUCCAGGACCCUCAGGAUGGGCAUCAGGACCCCCUGGGAUGAGCAUCCCAAUCCUUCCCAUCUGGGAACCCCAGGAUGGGCAUCCCGACCCUCCCAGGACCCUCAGGAUGGGCAUUGGGAGCCCCUGGGGUUGGUCCUGACCCUACUUGGACCCUUGGGAUGGGCAUCAGGACCCCUGGGAUGGGCGUCCUGACCGUUUGGGGACCCUCAGGAUGGGCAUUGGGACCCCCCGGGAUGGGCAUCGGGACCCUUCCCUUCUGGGACUCUCAGGAUGGGCAUGGGACCCCUGGGAUGGGCAUCCCAGCCCUUCCCAUCUGGGACCCCCAGGACCCACCGGGAUGGGCAUUGGGACCCCCCCGGGCAUCCCAACCCUUCCAGGACUCCCCGGGAUGGACAUCCCGACCCUUCCCUUCUGGGAWCCCCGGGAUGGGUGUCCUGACCCUUCCAGGACCCCCAGGAUGGGCAUCGGGACCCCUGGGGAUGGGCAUCCUGCCCCUUCUGGGACUCCCAGGAUGGACAUCCCGGCCCCUCAGGUCUCCCACCCCGCUUUGGGAUGUCUCAGGAUGAGCA